AUGUUGCCAAUCAUUCUUGAGAGAUGCCCCAAUCUAAAGUCUCUUGCCGUGCGAACUUUAUACUACGAGGAGAAGGAAGGGAUUCAUAUUUUGCCUGAACCUGGGCGUGUCCUAGCAUCUCUCAAGUAUGUCAAGAUAGAAAGACCAUUUAAAGUGGUGGCGGUGAAGCUAGUGAGGUACUUACUUGAGAACUCAAUGAACCUCAAGAAACUCACUCUGUGCUUGGGUGGUUUCAAAAAGGACGAAGAAUCUGUUGUCGUCAAGGAACUUCUUACCAUUCCAAGACUCUCUACCUCAUGCCAAGUGGAUGUUCUUUGA